UGAUCUCAUUUCCAUAACUUCCUUCUGUCAAUUCCACUCUCCAACACCCCCAACACACACACUCCAAAGCUCUCUCUUUCUCUUUCUCUCUCAUGGCCCUCUGUUCUCCAAAGUUUCUGAUCUUUCUGCUUCUCCUCACCGCCAUACCCAUCGGAAUCAUCGUCACGUUGGAGCGAGCCCAACCCGCCACCCAUGUCUACCACUACCACAGUUCUGGGUGGUUCCGAGAAUGCGCCAAGUGGGAUUCUCAUCACGCUCGCUUCAUAGUUUCUUUUUUCGAAGGCGGUAUUGGCCAGGUUAAGUUGCCGGAAAAAGAUUCCGACCCAUCGCCGCCGUUGGAGGAGGUGACGGUGGUGAAAGAGCCCAACUUGGCCGGAAACGCGUCUCUGGGUAUCGCCAUUGACACACCUAGAAAUCGAGUUCUCGUUGUUAACGCUGAUGCCAUUGGCAAUCGAUACGGUGCGCUUGCUGCAUACGAUCUCUCCUCCUGGAAUCGCCUAUUUCUCACCCAACUAAGUGGCCCUAGUGAUGAAAAAUCUUUCGCAGACGAUGUUGCAGUGGAUGCGGAAGGCAAUGCCUAUGUUACUGACGUAAAGGGCAAUAAAAUCUGGAAAGUUGGGGUGGAAGGGAAGGUUAUAUCAAGCAUUAAAAGCCCGUUGUUUUCUGCGAAAGAGUGGUACAAGAACUUGGUUGGGCUGAAUGGAAUAGUUUACCACCCAGAUGGAUUCCUGAUAGUGAUCCACACUUUCAGUGGCAAUUUGUUUAAGAUUGAUUUAGCAAAAGGGGAAGAGGUGAAGAUGAUAAAGGUUAAAGGGAGUCUUUCUUUUGGUGACGGUUUGGAACUGGUGUCUCCUACUAAGCUUGUGGUUGCAGGGAAUCCUUCAGCAAGAUUAGUGGAGAGUUCAGAUGGGUGGAACAGUGCUUCUGUUGUGGCGACAUUUUCAGGGCCUAAGCAUCGUUUGGCCACAGCAGCAACUGUGAAAGAUGGGAAGGUGUAUCUGAACCAUAUGGUUGGAAUGGGAUACCCCAAAAAGAAGCACGCACUUGUUGAGGCAGUUUUUUAGUUCUUACUUUCUACAAUUUCUCAACAUUGGGGAUGUGGGGAUCAUAAUUUAACACCACGUUUGGUUUAGAUUUGGUGUACCUUUGAUUAUUUAUGUUUGGUUUUGUUGCAUUACUUGUUCCAAUGCUUUUUUGUCUCUUCAAUCUUAGCCUCACAUACCAAGGUUUUCUUCUUUC